UAAACUUUCCUUUGAAAAGUUGGUAUACUCAAACUCUAAAAAACCGGCAUUCCUUUAUUGUAAUCCAGUAAGUUAAUUCUCAGAACCCAAAAUAACUCAAUGUCCGUCGAAAGGUCAUUUGAAACCUGGGAGGAGGUCCAACGCCAUGGUCAGGACCUUGCCGAUUGGCUAGCUCAAGGCUUCACUGGUUUAAUCCAAUCCCACAUGAACCCACCUUCGUUUACAUGGCCAAACCCUCCAAAACCGAAGCUUUUCGACCUCGAGAUCCCAUCCCAAUCUUUUGUUAACAAGGAUUUCGGUCUUCCCAUUGAUAAGUCAGUUAUUUUUCACAUCGGUAGUAUCGGGAACAGGAUUGACCAAGUCGGGGCGGAGUUUGGUGCUGGCUUAAAUGGGUUGGUGCAGCAGUUCUUCCGGAGGUUACCGAUCCCGUUUAGUGUCGAGGAGAGUGUCGUUGUGUCGGUUAGAGGCGAUACAAAUUCAAAGGAUUUCGGGUUUGUGGAUAAUGAGAGCAAUUCCGAGGGGGUGGGAGAUGAGGAGAUUCCAGGGUUUAAUUUGAAGUCUGCUGGACUACUUGGCAAACCACAGAGGCAUCAGAUGCUUGGGCCAGUACUGUUUGUACGAGAUACGACACUCCUUUUACCCGAUCAUCUAUCAAAGCAACAUUUGCUAUGGUAUGGUUACAAUAGGAAGAGUGGAAUGCAUUCUCUUUGUCCUGCAGUAUGGAAGAAGCAUAGGAGGUGGCUAUUGAUGUCAAUGCUUUGUCUUAAUCCUUUAGCAUGUUCGUUUGUAGAUCUGCAAUUUCCAAAUGGACAGUUCACCUAUGUGUCCGGUGAGGGGCUGACAACAAGUGCUUUCCUUCCUCUUUGUGGAGGUCUUCUUCAGGCUCAGGGCCAAUAUCCAGGGGAAAUGAGAUAUAGUUUCUCAUGCAAGAAUAAAUGGGGAACUCAUAUCACACCAAUGGUGCUAUGGCCAGACAAAUCAUUUGCGCUAAGUCUUUCACAAGCCUUGGCUUGGAAGCGAUCGGGGCUCAUGAUGAAGCCAUCCAUUCAGUUUAGCUUGUGAGUCGAGCCUUCGCUAUAUAAAAAAAGC